GGCCCCUCCAGGCUCCCGCCCCCCAGUCCCCAGCAGCUUCUUUGUCGCCAGAGGCACCUGAGGUGAGAGCGUCUUCUUCUGUCGUUUUAGUCGCCUCAGCCCCCAGACUCGGAGCCGCAGCCGCCGCUUGGGGUCCCCUGGCCCGAGGCUCCCGCCCGCCAUGGACUACGAUGAAGGAAUAGAUCGGGAUUAUGGCCAUGGAUUUUAUGGAGGGAUGGAUCGUGACUAUGGCCAUGGCUCCUAUGGAGGUCCGAGAUCCAUGGACUCCUACCUAAACCAGUCAUAUGACAUGGACAGUCAUAGUGGUGGUGGUGGUGGGGGUGGUAGCAGGUUUGGACCUUAUGAGUCUUACGACUCCGGGUCUUCUCUGGGUGGGCGAGAUCUGUACAGAUCUGGCUAUGAUUUUAAUGAACCCGAACAAAGCCGCUUCGGAGGUAGUUAUGGUGGUCGAUUUGAGAGCUCCUACCGGAAUAGCCUUGACUCUUUCGGAGGUAGAAACCAGGGCGGGUCUAGCUGGGAAGCACCUUACUCCCGUUCAAAAUUGAGGCCUGGGUUUAUGGAGGACAGAGGAAGAGAGAGUUACUCUUCCUACAGCAGUUCUUCUUCACCCCAUAUGCAGCCUGCACCUGUAGGCUCUCGGGGGAGAGGAACGCCUGCUUAUCCUGAAAAUACGUUUGGAAGCAGAAACUAUGAUGCUUUUGGAGGACCAUCAACAGGCAGAGGCCGAGGCCGAGGACAUAUGGGCGAUUUUGGAGGCAAACGUAGACCUGGAAUUGUUGUAGACUAUCAUAAUAAACCCAGCAACGUAGCAGUUGCUGCAAGAGGAAUCAAGAGAAAAUUGAUGCAGCCAUCUAAUAAGCCUGGAGGGACAUUUAUCAAGAAACUGAAACUGACAAAAGUGAUUGAGAAGAUAAACCAGAAAAAAUCACCUACUAAAAUGGCUCCUAAAAGUGAAGAAGAGAAGCGACGAGUUGAAAUACGAAGAGAGAAACAAAGGCGGAGAAGAGAGAAGAUCAGUGAGAAGUAUGGCGAUGAGUACAGGAUGGCAUUCACAUGUUCAUUUUGCAAAUUCCGAACGUUUGAAGAAAAAGAAAUUGAAGUUCAUUUGGAAAGUUCUUCUCACCAGGAGACCUUAGAUCAUAUUCAAAAACAAACCAAAUUUGAUAAAAUAGUUAUGGAAUUUUUGCACGAAUGUAUGGUGAAUAAAUUCAAGAAAACAUCAAUGCGUAAACAGCAGACAACUAAUGAUUCAGAAGCUGUCAAAGCAGCUGAGAGAGAUGUAAUGGAAGGGGUUACUGCAGAUGACCACAUGAUGAAAGUAGAGACUGUACACUGCAGUGCUUGCAGUGUGUAUGUACCUGCCUUACACAGUUCGGUUCAACAGCACUUAAAAUCUCCUGACCAUGCCAAAGGGAAACAAGCCUAUAGAGAACAAAUAAAAAGAGAGAGUGUUUUAACUGCUACCAGCAUCUUGAAUAAUCCAAUUGUAAAAGCACGAUAUGAACUUUUUGUUAAGGGUAAGAAUCCCUUUGAAGCUGCAGAUCAAAGUCAGGAGCAACAGGGAGAAGAAUCUGAUGAGGAGGAAGAGAAGAUUGAUGAGCCUGUGGAGGAAGAAGUAGGAGAGGAGGAAGAAGAGGAAGUAGAAGAGGAAUUAGAAGAGGAAGGAACAGAAGAACAGGCUGACUUCAAUAUUGAACAAUCUGAAGAAAAUUAACUGCAUUAGGAAUUAGAUGCAGCAAUUUUUUUUCUUUCCUAAAUUGGUUAAGUGGAAGACUUUAAAUAGUACAAAAUAUGAGUUGUUUAACACUCUGUGCAUGCAUUCCAUGAUCUUACAAUUUGGUUAUAUAAAUACAAAAUGUUUUAGAUUUGUUUUACAAAAAUGAGGGUAAGACUAUUUUAGUAAGGCUUUUAUAGCAACCAAACUUAGAUCUGGUGAAUUGGAUAAUUUUUUUUUUUACUUUAUUGGAUAUUGAGGCUGAGAUGUGUAAUAUUAAUGUCUGCUCUAAUCAUUUUAACAGAAAUGCUGCUCAUGGGAGUGAAUAUUCAGAAUGUAUAAAAACACUUUUUGAAUAAUUACCCUUUGGAGAGAAGAAUGGGCCAGAACUUUUUGCUUCAAGUAUGGCUAUUUUUAGACUGCAUUGCUCAGUGUAUGCUAGUUUGUGUUAGGGUAUACACUACAUAUCUUUUUUGUGACUAUGUACCAAUUUAUAGCAGAAAAUGUUUUCUAGAAACAUUUUUUUUCCUGAAGUAACAGUUUUAGAUCAAAUGUAAUUUAUCACUGGAGUAUUUUUAAAAAUCAGGGUUGUGUAGCUUCAGUAUUCAGAUAUUAAAAGAACUUCACUUAUCUCAGUAAUUAGAUUUUUGAUAAGUAUGGAUUUUUCCAGAUUUCAUUUUAACCCACAUUUAGAAUUGGUUUUGAAUAUCUUGCUGAUGUUUAGAGAUGUUUUAGGUUUUUUUUUUUUUCUGUGCCAAAUCUUGACUUCCUUUUGAUUAUAUGUUUGAGUACAGAAUUGUAUCAUAGCUGUUGUGAGUUCCUUUGUCAUGACUCUUACUGACUGACACAUUUAGAAUCAAACUGUAAUACUUUUGUGAAUAUUGUCUCUUUUUGGAAUAAAUAAUCACUGAGUUUUAAAA